AGCACGAGUGUUUGAAAUGGCUCGACUCGUUAGGAACAAACAUGGAACUCCCUGCACUCUCCUGACUCGUUUUCUUAACUCACCGAGUUCCCUCCUGACUCAGCCCUACCGCAAUACCUCAAACAGAUCCCUCCAAACCCUAGCUUAUGAAGAAAUCCAGGUCAAUCCAAACAAACCCUAUACUCACACAGCUUUGGUCCUCCACGGCCUCCUUGGCUCCGCCCGCAACUGGCGUUCAUUUUCCCGCAGCCUCGCCUCGUCUCUAUCCACCUCCCCUUCUUCCGAGUGGAGGAUGGUGCUGGUGGAUUUAAGGAACCAUGGGAAGUCAACGGACAUACAAGGGUUCGAUCCGCCGGAUGAUAUGGUGAAUGCAGCCAAAGAUUUGGGUGAUUUGAUAAACUUCAAAAACUGGGAUUCGCCUGAUGUUGUCAUUGGUCACUCCAUGGGUGGCAAAGUUGCUUUGCAAUUCGCCCAGAGUUGUGGGAAUAGAGAUUAUGGUGAAAAUGUUAAGCUUCCCAAACAGCUUUGGGUGUUUGAUUCUGUCCCUGGAGAAGUGAAAUCGGAAAACAGUGAUGGUGAAGUAGAAAAGGUUUUGCAGACCUUGCAAAGUUUACCUUCAACAGUUCCAUCACGGAAGUGGCUUGUUAAUCAUAUGCUCGAACUUGGCUUCUCUAAGUCGUUGUCGGAGUGGAUAGGCACCAACCUCAAGAAAUCUGGGGGAGAAGAGACAUGGGCUUUUAAUCUUGAUGGUGCUAUUCAGAUGUUUAAUUCCUACAGGGAGAUGUCGUAUUGGUCUUUGUUGGAGCACCCUCCGAAAGAACUGGAGAUAGCUAUUGUACGUGCAGAGAAAAGUGAUCGGUGGGAUGCGGAUGUGAUUACUCGGCUUAAAAGACUUGCUAGUCAGGAAGGAGAUGGAUCUGCAGGGAAGAUUUCAGUUCAUGUUCUUCCCAAUUCAGGCCACUGGGUUCAUGUGGACAACCCGAAGGGCCUACUUGAGAUUGUGUCGCCCAAGCUGAAGUCUCUAGCCUCUUAAUGUAAUUUCAAGAGGCCCCGAUACCAGGUUUGAACCUAUUUUGCUUUGGGAUUCAUAUAUUGUUCUUAGAUUUGGUCCCAAGGGUGUUGGGAUGGUUUAUGGUGGGGCAAAUGUUUCACCCAUGAAUUUUCUUACGACUGCAAUAAUCUCGCUGGAUAUCGA